GGCCAAUAUCUUUGCUGGAGCUAGCAGAAUGAUAAAAGAACAAGCAGAAAAACUGAAAGGGGAGCUGGAAAGACAGAACAACCGAGGACAGUGAAAGGAAGUUCUAAAGUGACAGAAUUUCUGCACAUUACGAGGAACAGAGGCAAAACCUUGCACAAGAUUUGGUGUUUGUCUCCCUAACCUCUUCCUGAGGGUUUUGUGUGUGGUGGAUCUCACUACGCCACCCCUCCAACCAUGUGGAGGGUGGUGAGCAUCAACAUUUGGGCCUUUGGCUCCCUGCUGGCAUUGUUCUGGGCAGAGGGCAGCCAGAGGAGGGCGCUGGAGAGUGGCAUCCGACGCCGGUCCCACCGUGUGCAGCAGGGGCGCUGUAGUUACACCUUCGUCCUGCCCGAAGCUGACCCUCUGCCUUGCCACCAGCAGCACCCAGGGGACACCUUCAAUGUCAACACCUUGCAGCGAGAUUCGCCUGCUGACCCUUUGUUGAGAACCGAUGAUGAAGACCAAUCCAGCCAGCGAGUCCAGCAACUUGAGAGAGUCUUGGAGAAUAACACCCAGUGGCUGCUGAAGCUGGAGAGCUACAUCCAGAUGAACAUGAAGUCAGAGAUGGUGCAGAUCCAGCAGAAUGUGGUGCAUAACCAAACGGCCACAAUGCUGGAGAUCGGAACAAACCUCUUGAACCAGACAGCUGAGCAGACCAGGAAACUCACGGAUGUGGAGGCCCAGGUACUCAACCAGACUUCCCGCAUUGAGAUCCAACUCCUGGAGAAUUCUCUGUCCACAAACAAACUGGAGAAGCAACUGCUAAUGCAGAUAAAUGAGAUCCACAAACUCCAGAACCGAAACAGCCUUUUGGAAACACGAGUCCAGCAGAUGGAGACGACACACUUGAUGGAGUUGGAGGGGAUCCGGAUGGAGAAGGAGCAGUUGCAACAGCUGGUGACCCAACAAAGUGACACUAUCGAAGGCCUGGAAAAGUCCCUGCAGGCGGCCAACAGCAACACCAGUCUGCUCCACCAACAGCAGCUCCAGCUUCUGGAGUCAGUCCAGAAUUUGGUCCAGCUGGUCUCCCAAGGCAAAGUUCCUCUGAAGAAAGAAGACCGGAUGUUUCAGGACUGCGUGGAAAUCCUCCAAUCUGGACUGAACCUCAGUGGGGUUUAUACCCUCCAUAUUAACAAUCUGACUGAACCCAAAAAGACCUAUUGUGACAUGGAGACGGAUGGAGGCGGGUGGAUCGUGAUCCAACAUCGAGUCAAUGGCAGUGUCAGCUUCCAAAAGAGUUGGAAAGAGUACAAACAGGGCUUUGGGGAUCCUGCAGGAGAACAUUGGCUGGGGAAUGAAGCUGUCCAUCUCUUGACCAACCAAGCAGCCUUUUCUUUGCGGGUGGAGCUCCUAGACUGGGAAGGCCAUCGUGCUUAUGCCCUAUAUGAAAAGUUCCAACUAGGGAGUGAACGUCAACGGUACAGGCUUUUCUUGAAAGGCUACAGGGGCACAGCUGGCCAGCAAAGUGGCUUACCCCUCCAAGGCACAGGCUUCAGCACGCGAGAUGCCGAUAAUGACAACUGCAUGUGCAAAUGUGCCCAGAUGCUUUCUGGUGGUUGGUGGUUUGAUGCUUGUGGACUUUCAAACCUGAAUGGCAUCUAUUAUCCAGCCAGGCACAACAUUCGGAAACUGAAUGGGAUCCGGUGGCAUUACUUCCAGGGACCAGGAUACUCAUUAAAAAGCACACGGAUGAUGAUCAGGCCUUCAAGUGGACGUGAAGCAGCAUAGCAAGAAGGCAGCAGUGACACCGUUCCUCUGAGUAAGGGAGAACACUCCCUGAUGUAUACUGGGGUGUCUUGAACUCUGGACAUGUUGCAAUAGAGCAAUGGCAGAUUCUGUGGGGAUGAGGCCUUUUGUGAAAAAUGACUGGGAAUUCAACACAAAGGAAAGAUGCAAGCAGCAAAUCUUCUGUUUCUGUUAAUAAAGGAAGCUUUCUGCGAUCUCUUAGGAUACCAAUGAAAAGCAGGAGGAACUCUUGCAUAUAUUUUGUGUGUACAUAUGUAUUUUCAUAAGUCACCUGUGGACUUAUGACAACUCCAUUAAUUUCAUAGGGGUUUCAUAGGCAAGGAAUGCUCAUAGUUGGUUUUGCCAGCUUCUUAUUCUGAAAUAUAGCCUACAGCACCUGGGAUUCCUUGUGAUCUUCCAUCCAAGUACUGACCAGAGCUGACCCUGCAUAGCUUCAACAUCAGACAGGAUCAGGUACCUUUAGAAUAUUUGCGAUUGGUUAAAAUGGGGGGGGGGGUCACCUUUAGCCAUAUCAUUUAGGAUAUGGUUAAACUUGGAAAAAUCUGGACUUCCCCUCCCCCAAGUUAUAUGCAUGUUCUUUCCUGGACUGCAGAUGGGUUUUUACUAUUUUAAAUCAUACAUGCCAAGCUGUGUCACAUCUACCAUUGCUGUCUAAACUCAUAGAAGCAGUUGGUACACUCAAACCUCAUACUCUGGACAGCAUCUUCUUACUUUGCCAUUUGGAUAAAAUAUGUCAUUAUAUGCUCAAAAACUGGUAUUUAUCAAGAACCAUGGACAAAGCCACGUGGCAAGGGUCAGAUUUUCUGAACUAUCAUGUCACAGGUUAAUGUAUUCACUGGUUGAUGCGUGUGUUUAUUCUUUCUCACAAAAGAGCUGAAGAAUUUGCCACUUGCCUGGCACUGGCCUGAUGCUCCAGAGACUGGACUGUGCUGCCCUUCACUCAUUCUGUGCCAUUGGCUUAUUGGUCAAAUAUCUUGAGAGAGAACCUGCUAUGUCCUUGCCUCCACUCCAGCCCUGUCCACCUGAGUUCCAACUCCUCUUACAACUGUAAAGAUGCUUGUGUAAAAUAAUAACUGUUAUUUGUAGCAUGUCCAGUUUGCAUUCUGUUUUCAAUAGUGGUGGAGAAACAGAAGUAGAGAGAAGCUUUCUUCCUGAUGUGUCCAUUUAUUUACAUGUUCAGCAAUUUCAGUUUUCUGAAGAGAGAUUCUAGAAUCUAAAUUCUAUCAA